AUGUGGCGACUCAUCCUUCUCAUAGCACUCCCUCUAUCGCUAGCAGCCCAGCACCCCUUCACACCAGCUCCUCGAGUCAAUGUCACGCUCUACGUCAUGUCGCGCUGCCCCGACGCCCGUACCUGCGAAGCCGUCUUUGAGCAAGUCUUGGGCUCUCAAAGUGUGCAAAACAAGGUCCACCUCAAGAUGAACUACAUUGCGACGCGAAACGCCUCGGAACCUCUCGGCUACACCUGCAAACACGGUGCUCUAGAAUGCGUUGGCAAUGCCCACCAGCUCUGCCUACACAAGCACCUCCCACUGCCGACAUUCUAUGCCAACCUUGGUUGUCAGAACCGCGACUUUGCCGACAUCGGUAAGCUCAGCCUGACGAAAAGAUGCGCCGACGCGUCUGGAGUCGACUGGAACGCCAGCGGUGUGGGCGCUUGUAUCGAGGGGUCGGAGGCCGAGGCGCUCCUCCAGAACAACCUAGCGCAGACCAUCGCCGAUGGGGUGACGAUGAGCUGUACAAUUUCCAUCGACAGCACCAUCAUGCGUGGCGCCAGGCGGUGCACGGUCGACGGUGGAAUGUGGAGUGGUUGCAACGAUGGUCACACGGCGGCAGACUUUGUACGCGUAAUACAAGAGGAAUGGAGACAUCUCUGA